UCUGCUUCUAUAUAAAGCGAAAACCCUAACUCUUGUUUCUUCAACCAAAAAAUCAUCGGCGGCCUUAGAAAGUUUUGUUUUUUCUUCCUAGGAUGAUCUAGUUGCUGUGGUUGUUAGUGAAUUAGGUGUUGUUUGUGUGUCUUUGAGGAAAGUGAUGAUAUGAAAUUGUCGCCCCAGUCUUAAUCUGCAUCCAUUACGAUGGAAUGUAACGUGGUGAUUGACUAUUUUUUUCUGAUUCUCGAACUUUUUAAUCGCGUUUAAAGCUUUUCUGAUGGAUAUGAUGAGAUGGCAUUACUGUUUUGUGACACCCAGUCUGAUCUGCUUCGGCGGAGUGAAUGAUUUGCCUUUAUUCUCUGAUCCCAAAUUCAUUGUUUUCAAUUUUGUUAAUUUGAUAACCAAAGUUUUGAUUUUUAUUAAGAGAGGAAUGAGGAUAUAAUUUCCAUACGUCUGCAAAUCAGAAAUACAGUGUUGAUAAUAUGACAUGCACUACCAUCUGACCUCUUUAUUUGUUUUCUUGUGAUUUCGUUUGUUUUUUUUUGUUUUGUGUCCUUUUGAUUAUAUGCAAUCAAUGAUGAAACUAUGUCCAAAUUGAAUGAUUAUUCAAUGAUUAUCAAAAUCACUAGAUCACCAUCUUUCGACUGAGAUUGCUGUUUUAAUCCUUUUGUGUUGUUUGUGUGAUGAUUUGCCUAUGGUAUCUGAUGUCCAAAGUUGAUUAAAUUGUGUUUGGACAUUUCGUUUUUUCUUAGGCAGAAAGUGAAAUCAGGCUUUGCGACACUGUUAGCUUCUUUUUACCAUAAGCUACCUGUUACUUUAAUACCUGUUUACAUCUUUUUUUUUUUUUUAUCAAUCUUCUGUUUUUUGCUUUUCUAAAUCAUUCUUGUAUUGUUCGUUAUCAUCUUUUGUUUUAUCGUCUACUUAUGCAGGUGUUCCUUCGCUUGGUUCUCUUGGUGUGGAAGUGGCUUUUCAAGUGGAUGAUCUGAUUGAUUACUAUGGAGAACUUGUUCAAUCUCUUCAAAGAAUUGUAGUUGCUUGUUUGUACAUAACUGAAUUUGAUAAUGAAAUUUGUCAAUUUUGAAUUAUAAUGUAUCCCAACCAUAGCAAAAAAAAAAACAGAGACCAGGUCCAUAAUGUAUCCCAACUUGUUCACAAUGGGAUGGUAAGAUAAUUCCAGAGUAAAGAAACCAGUUGUGUGUAAAGGAGGGUGUGUCUCGGAGAAACUUAAACGGUUGUAACCCUAAGAAAUUGCUGAGACGUUGUAGAGAUUGUCACACCACCGAGAGCUCUUGUUGCAGUGUUCUUCUUCUUCUUCUCCUUGUCAUCUCUGUUUCGAAGAUGAUGAAAUCAUUACCACCCAUGUCGAUUGAGCUCAUCCUGGAGAUAAUCUCGAGAUUGCCUGGAGAUGCAGUCGCGAGGUUUCGUUGCGUGUCGAAGCAAUGGGCAUCAACGCUCGCUACUCCGUAUUUCAAAGAGCUGUUCAUGAACAAGUCCUCGUCUAAGCCGCGGCUCUUAUUCGCCAUCGCAGACGACGGAAACCCCAAAGGCCGUGGCGAGUGGUGCUUCUUCUCCUCGCCUCAGCUUGAGGAUCCUUAUGAGAAAUCAUCCUCCUCGGCUCUUGUAUCAGCCGCCGAGUUUCACGUGAAGAAGUUCUCUCCAAAGGAUAUAAAUAUCCAUCAUUACAGUAACAUCAUGCACUUCUCAUGUGUCUACAACUCUGGCUUGAUCUAUUUCCAUGGUUGUCGAUACCAAGGUAAACCUGUCAUCUGUAACCCAAACACUGGACGGUACGCGGUCUUACCUAAGCGGUAUACUUACAGAAAAGCCUAUAGCUUUUUUGGUUUUGAUCCGAUUGGGAAGCAGUACAAGGUAUUGUACAUGGCUUACGCAACUGGUCCUGGUGAUCAUGCCCUUCUUACGUUUGGAGCGCCUGCAGAUAUGAGGUGGAGAAAGAUCGAAUGUUCCACAAUACAUGAGAUUCAAAGCGAUGGGGUUUGCAUCAACGGUGUUGUGUACUACUUAGGUAACACCAAAGAUCCUUGGGAUGAUGAUGCUCAUGAUGAUUAUGUGAUUGUUUGCUUUGAUUUGAGGUCUGAAAAGUUCAGCUUCAUUCACGUUGAAAGGUUUUGUCGAUUGAUCAACUUUAUGGGCAAGUUAGCUUUGAUUUACUGGGAGGAUGAUUUCGACAUUUAUGAGGCUGUUAAUUAUGAGUUUAAUAUCGACAAGUAUUUGGAUGAUCAUCUCGUCGCUGAUGUCAAUAAGGAGUUGCAUGUGUGGGUUCUAGAGGAUGUAGCGAAACAGGAUUUGUCCAAACACAACUACACUUGGAGUACUGAUAACAUCUUCUUCCGUCGUCACGUUUCCAUUGCUGGAGUGACCGCUUCUGGUGAGAUUGUGUUUGCCAUGCGCAAGUAUACAUCUGGCCAACCGUUUUAUGUUUUCUACUUCAGUCCCGAGAGGAACACUCUCCAGCGUGUUGAAGUCCAAGGUUUUGGUGAAGGGUUUAAGAAUCCUUGCAGCGUUCGCACCUUUGUGAACCACGUUGAGGAUCUUCAUGUUAACGAUUUAGAGCUACUCAAGUGAUUCCAUGCUCCAUUCGGGGAUACAGAAUAGUUAGAUUCGAGAAGGGACAAGUGGAAGAAGAUAGGGAUGAUUCAUUGGAUGAUUGGAGUUUGGUGAAAGCAGUGAGCAUGUCAUUCUGUGCUCUUUAUCUGGGCGUUUCUUUUAAGUACUAUUGUAAUAAAUCAAGUCGGAUCAUGGCUUCCUGGCCAUCUUGAUUAGCUUCUUUGUGUUCAUCUUUUAAGAUGCAGAAAAAGUAGAACCCUAAAUUUGCAGAAACUUCAAUGGUUGUUAAUAGCUCUCUCUGUAAAUGAGUGAAAACGUUUCAUCAAGUUAAUAAUCUUUGUAGAAUAAUU